UGUUGUUGUUGUAGUUAAAGCGGAAAAGACCUAACUACUCGAGGCUCACGGACGCAACUGAGUUUCUCUCGUGAGAACUCUAGUCUGAUUGUUGUAAUGUUCUGUCAGCUUGGUUUAUAUUAGCAACUCGAGUCGAGAUGAAGCCGCCUCAUCGUACACGAAAUAAACCACAAUGCAACCUGAAACCAGAACCGCCACCGCAGCAUUCAGGUAAACUAAUCUCUAAGUGGCAACGAGCAGAACAGAGGAAGCUCCUGAACGCCCUGAAGAAACUCAGCAAGACCACUGGCGGCUGCAGAGACAUAGACUACGCUUUCCUGAGAAAAUACGUACCCACUCGGUCCGUUUCAGAGGUCCACUCUGUGGUAGAGUCUCUGAAGGAUAAAGUGAUCUCAUUGGCUAGCUUUGAGCUGAAGAAGAAGAGAUGGGAGGAGAAGAAAGUCACAAAGCCCAUCGAGAUGUGGACACACUUGGCUUCUGCUCUGACUGGCACCCUUGAAGAACCCAUUUCCACUGCUUUUUUUCAGAUGCUGAUGGUCUCAUCCACAGAGCCUCGCACCUUGAGGAACAGAGACCCUCCUCAAAUCCACAGAAUACCCACAGACAGGCCUGUUGGUCGCACUGUGCCUUUGAGACCAAUGCCUGGUUUGCCAGUCCAAGAUCAGACUCCUGGCACCAACACAGUCUGGCCUUUCCACAAAGUCAAGAUUCCAGCAGCAACCAUGGACCCAGUGGUUAUAGUGCCAAACAGCAAAAUCACUCAACCUCAGCAACCGCUUUCUACCACAGCUGGACCUUCAGCUCAAAAUGUUGGCACUUCCGUAACCCAGACUACCCAGCAACCCUCAGAGCAACGCCCCACCCCCCUUUCCACCACCUCUACUUCAAAGCCCACUCCACCCAGUCCUUACAUGCCCCUCUCCUCCUCUGCAACCAGUGUAACUCCUGUUCCCAGUACUACACCAUCCUCUGUUGCCUCUUCCAGUUCAGCCACCUCCAGCCCCUCCAUGCUCCCAGUGGGCACACCGGCUGCAGAAUUUCAUGCCAAGUUUGGUCGCAUAAGCAAAUAUGCCACAAAAGACAGUCCGAGAAUGUUCGGCGUCCAGUGUAUAGUGGACUUUGAGAGGAUAUAUCGCUACCUGAGUGUCAUUCACAAGCCAAACGAGGAGUGUCACCUCACACCCAUGGAGAGUGCUAUAGUGUUGGAUCUGUUAAAGUCUCUCCCAGAGGAACUUCCACUGCUGGACUGCCACAAACUGCACAAACAUCUGAUUCAGGUGCACCAGUGUCUCUCAUCUCCUGCUGACUCCAAGACUGCAAGAGAAAUGUUUCAACACCUGAAGGAUGAAUUUGGUGCUCAGACGGAGACACUGAGCAGUCUAGACGGUCAGCAGAACACCGCUGGGACUGCUGAAAGCAGUGAUGUUACGGACAAUGGAGGAAGGGAACCACAGCCAGAAAAGGUUCAGAGCCAGUCGUCAAGGAACAGUAACACACCCAGCCAAUCAGGGGACACGGAUGUGAUGCUCAGUCCACCUCUCAACCCGUUUAUGAUUCCGUUGAAAUUGUUAAGGCGCAAAUAGAUUGAAGAGAAAUGUGCAGUGGUUUGUGAGGUGUGCUUUGUUCAGUUACAAAUGACUUGGCUGUUGUUUGCGUGAAGUUACUGAGCUGGGUGUGGACUUAUUUUGUAAAAUGAAGAAAAAGUUUUUGUACAGAGCUGCACGCAAUAAUUAUUUUUAUUUUUGAUUAAUUUGCAGAUUGUUUUGGGUUUUGUUUGGUAUUUUGGGGCAUUUUUGUGUAUAUAGUAUAAUGAUUUUAUUAUCAACAUAGUUGCUGAUCAGUUGCUGAUGGACUAAUUGAUUCAUUUUGCAAUUGUUUCAGCUGUAUUUAUAUUCAUUAAUUAAGGUGAUGCAAAAAUAUUAGUAGUGAAACUACAGCCUGAAAGGCUGUAACAGUGCCUAAAAUAAAAUGAAUAAAUUAAGGAGUACACUAUGAUUUUACAGUUUACAUUUACAAUUUAUAAAGAAAUACAAUUUGUUUUUAAAAAGAAAUACUGUUUCAUUUUGAAGUAUGCUUUCACUGUGCAAUGAAAACAAGUCUGCUCUAAAAAUCUGCUCUAAAUCACAGAGCUGGGUGUCCAAACCCGUAUUUCAUUAUUCUACUGUCUUUUUGCAGUGAUGUAUGUUAGUCUUUAGAGUAAGACUAGGUGCCAUUUGAAAUGUUUUAAAUCUAGUGGCAAUGCAAUACCCGAUAUCCUGCGCUGAUAACUACAGUAGGUAAUUUCUGCCUUUUUUCUUAAAUCACAAACUUUUUCUGUGAUUUAACGAGGCGCUAAUAUGAUAAUUAUUUUCAGUUUUUUACAUUUUCCUCUUAUAACUAUAUAAUGAGAAACAUACGAGCCAGAAACUAUGGCUCAGGCAACAUAUGCAUAGCAACAGCAAUAACAACAGAAAUACUGGAACUGAUUUAAUAAUAAUGUUGACGAUAUGAUAACAAUACUAUAAAAAUAUGACUCAGUGAUAAA